AUGCAGCUGGCUAAAAGGGUCUGCUUUCUCUCCUCUCUCUGCUUCCCUCGGUCUUCCGCAUUUACGGAUGUCAUCGACAGCCUCACUUCUUCCGUGGUAAAUAACUUCCGACCAUGCCGUGCCAUUUACGACUCGCUUGCUGAUGCACUUCUGUCUCCCUUUGCUUUUCCCGCGGGAUUCCCUCUUCGGCUUUGUCCGCGGGUACACAUGGGAAGCCCGUUGUUAUACCCCCAGCAGAGCGCAUCUCACUGGCACAGAGAGCGUCCUCCCUUGCAUCUUCCUGCAGAUCAUGGCCAGACUUCACCACGCGUUGUAGAGGACGUCACCGUUUUCCUUGGCCUUGUUUCCAUCAAGAGCUUCUCCGCGUCUGAAGGAGUCUUCGACCUCACCCGUUGGCCAAGGGGACAACCCCCCGAGGUCGAUCAAGCCAUAGCAGCGUUUGAUCGGAUCAGACAGGGUUUGGUUGAUCUGCUGUCCCAGGAACUAGGACCUCGGAAAGGCGUGUGUUCAAUAUACAUGGACCUCUUUCCACCCCUCAAAACCGCCUCCUGGGUGGCCUUCCCGCGGCUUUGA